UUUAACAUGACAUGUGUGCACGCUGAGGAGUUCACUGAAAGCCCCACUAAUCCUCUCAGCUGCUUGUUCUUUGCAAGAUACAGAGGGAUGGUUCAGAGCACACAACAAGGAUUUGUUUUUAUAAACAUAACCACUUAUAUGGGAAUAUAUUUUGCCUAUCUACGACUGCUGGAAGGGAUUUGUAAAAUGGAUUUAUCAACAUUUUGUUUUGUCAGCUUUCUCCUGGAAAGGGCUCUUGUCAGAUUCAACAACCUCAGUCACCUAAAACUGACAGAUACAGCAGGUGGCUAAGGACUGUGACUAUUCUUUCCAUCAUUUACCACACUGUCGGCUGUGCAGUGCUGGAGUCUCCAAGAGGACGUACAAAUCUGCUUCUAUUAAAAAACUUUUAAAAUGGGCUGCACACCAUCCAAAGGUAACAAUUUUGGGACUCUGGGUUCCCUGAGGAGGAGCAGAAUGCUGCUGGCUGCACCUCAAGAAAGCCCCAGACAGUCCCUGCUUGAAGACGGAAAUCUUCGAAAUUCAGCUAUACCUACAGAUGUGGAUACAAAGGAGUGGAAGACAACUGAACAGACCCAGGUAUUUCAGAAGGAGGCACAUAUGACACCACAAAAAAAGAGAUCUGUUACUGACUUUGCACCAGAGGCAGUAAACAUGGAUAAACUGGGGAGUCAAGGAAUGGACAACAACACUGUGUCCCACAGAAAAGAGAAAAAUAAUGACACGCAGGAUGUAAUCGAGAAAAAGACUGGCAGAAAACCAAAGAAAAACAGGGGUGGGAAAGUUCUUAAAAAGAAAGACAAAGACAAGCUACCUGCAGAGAAUAAAGUGGACUUCCCAGAACCUCUGGUAAAAGCUCACCAAGCUGCUUAUGCCUUUUUAAAUCCAAGUAUAAACAAGUAUGAUGUUCUGCUUGGACUUUUGGAACAAGCAACCCAAACUCAGGUUUCUGUGCAGCCUAUGGUUGCUUUUAUGGCCCUACGCUACGAGGAAAUAAUUCAGGGCCUGGAAGAGGUAGCAGAUGAGGGAGAAAAAGUUUUAAAAGAAAAUGGACAACAUCUUGCUUGGACAAGUCAAAUGAAAAAUCUUUCAUCUUCUCCACCUCUGAAGUCUGGCUCUGCUAAUAGUGAGCCCCCACCGGAUUUGUUGCAGCAGCUGCUUCAGUACACCACACAGAGAAUGCGAAAUGUAAGCCAGACUGUUGGUGGAAUCGGGGAUUCUGCUUUGGAGGAGGCAGUGGAGUACUUUGCCUCAGUUUCAGAGCUUUUAGAGGAGAAACUGAAAGUCAAACGUACAGUAGAGACUAGGCUAAUGCAACUCUUAUCUCGUAUUGAAAUGGCCUCUCUGCGCAAGCCUGGGCCAGAGGACUCUGCUCUGCUAAGUGAGGACAGUGGCAUUGGGGCUGAGAGUGAAUCGCUUGCUGGAUCUGAUAGACGCCAUAGACGAGAGAGUUGUGAGUCCACUGGAACAAAUAGAACUACACCUGUUAGUCUUAUCGGACACACCUACAUUAACAUUACACAAGGAGUGUCAAGGCAAAAGUGUCUAAGUCAAAUAAGUCCAAGUGUUUCCCUCACCUCACUCAACUCACUCGAUUCUACAUGCACCAUAAUGGCUAAUGACCGAAGAGAUUCAUUACUAGGAUCAGUCUCUUUAGAUGAUGGGGAGGAAGAUGAAAAUGAUGAUGACGAGGAAGUGGAGAAAGGCAUGGGAGUAGUUCAUGUAAGGUUUAGAACGCGAUCAAAUUCUUCACCGGUAGAACCAGAACAGCACCCCCGUCGCCUACUCCCAAAGCGCAUAGAGAAUCCUCAAAAUGUAGAAAUGACUCUCAAAAUGAAAAAUGCUAUAAGUGGUAGGAUACAGUUUGUCCCAUCACAGAAUGCUGGUGCCAAAUCAAAGGUAGCAGGCAGUCCCAAAACCAGUAGACGCCAUUGGACAGAUGAGGAGGAACGAUCUCCAAGGAGGCCUCAAUCAGCAGCACCUGUUCGGAAGGCAUUAGUAAAAAAGACCACAGUGGCUAGACAGCAACGUUCCCGGUCAGCAGAAUCCCUACGGAGCAAAGGUGAAGAUCCUACUCUGCUCGAACUAGAAAGGACUCAGAAGGAUUUAAACCAGAGGUUGCAGAGGAUGAGUAAAAGCAAAACAGGAGUAAACGCAAGGACAGCUCCAUCUAAGCAAAAUCAAGGAAGCUCACCAGCACAGUCGCCAGCAAUAAAUCGCAAACUGCAAUCCUUAGAAAAGAACAGCAGUACCCAACCACUUAAAGGCAAAGUGGACUUAAUAAGGAGCAACAAUAAAAAAACGUCAGGAACCAGUGUUGUGGAAGACAAUAUACAAAAGAACAAAAAACUACACAAGGGUCCCAUAAAAGCCACCCCACCCCCUAGCCCUCCUUCAUCACCACGGCCAUCAUCAGGACUUCACAGAGGCAGGAAUUCAGUCAAAAAACUGAUUGAUACCUUUACUCAAGGAAUAGAGGAACUUGAUAGUCCUAAAGUUCUAGGGCCUCUCGUAGGAGUACGAAAGUGUGGUGUUCCUGUGUUACCUGGUUUAGGAAAUAUGGAAGCCGUGCUAAGUGCUGGGUUAGCUAGAUGUAGGCAUGAAUACAUCUCAUCUGAGAAAACUGAUGAUUUAGAUCUGGAUAGUCUUCCCCCGCCUCCACUGGAAGUAUUAAUGGACAAUUCCUUUGAGGGUGCCAAUAAUCUUACAACUGGUAAAGCAGAUGAUGGGGCAACAAAAGUUGGCAAGUCGCCUCUGUUAAAAAGGACUGUUGUAUCACAAAAAUUAAGGGCCUCAGUUCAGUCAGUGACAGUGCUGCCAAGCAAAGGAGGCUUGCCACAAGCUUCAAAGGUUGUUUCUCAUGCUAGAGCAGACCAACAGGACACGUCUACUCCAUCAAACUUUAGCAAACAAGUUGCCCAACUGGAGGCAGACCCAGGAAAAGAAAAUGAUGCUUUUCACCAUCAAGCAAGAAAGAUUAUACCCCUAAGACACUCUUCAAACUCUCAGAUAGAGAGAUCAUCAACAAGUUAUCUAGAAAACAAUCCACCUUCCAGUCAAGAAGGAUUAGUAGACUUUCAAGAUGCUGGCAACCUAUCCGUGCCUGGACCCAACACUACAGUGUCCACAUUGCCUCCCUCUUCAGUAGUCAAUAGCCAACCACCUUCCACCCCAACUAAGUCUAGGAGUCGAAUGUUACCAUCCACACCUUCUACGCCAAACAGCUUAUAUCGAAGGUUUCCUAGUCCCCAUAACUGUAAAAGGCAACCUACUCCACCAACUUCAACUAGCCCCCCAGUUAAUAGGGAACUCCCCACAUCGCCAGCAGUUCAGAGGAGGCUCCCCAGCCCACCUGUUACAAGGAAGAACAUCUUAAACUCAAACUCAACCUCCUCGUACCCUUUCAAAGCACCAUCUCCACCUGCCUCACCAAAAUUAAAAAGAUGGUCAAGAGAGAACAGCAGUGAAGACUCAUCUAGUGCUCGGAUGAUCAGUAAUGCUCGUUCAGUCUUCUGCCCUGUGUCCCCAUCCCUGUUUGAAGCCUCCAUUCCCCGACCCCCUCAAGCAUGGAUCUCUACCGGGGUGUCUUUUGUCUCACGUCCUUCGGGAAAUCGUGGAAGGUUUCCUGUAUGUGUUCAAGGACCUCGACCAUUCAUCAGACGUAGUCAUUCAGACCAAAGGCCAAGUCUAAGUUUACCACCAAGAUCACCAGGUGUCUCUGUGGCUGAGACUUGUGGGAGUGAGCCAGCAAUAUGCACACAGGGGCUGGACGAUGAGCCAAUCAGGUACGCUGACUUAUGGGGCAGCCAAUCAGACCUCGGAGCUACACCACGCUCUGCAUCACACCCGGAUCUGUGUGUUGUUGGUCAGGCCUUUCACAGAGACUAAAGGAGGCCAAUGAAGGGCCAGUGGGAUUAUGGAUUAGCAGGCUUUACAAAGGAUUUAAGGUGAUGGUGAUGGUGUUUACUCCACUGAGAAUAGACCGAGAGCUAAUUCUAUCCACUUGUUGUGGUCGCACACCUCCACUUCACAUAUAAUUAAAUUGUGUUUCAAUGUUAUUUAUUUAUUAAUUUAAACUUCACUGUAUCGUUACAUAUAUAUGCUUUUGAUUCUAUUUUUGCAUAGCAUGUAUUUCAGAAAUACAUUCACUCAUGCUUUCAGUUCAUUCAGAUCAGUGUUUACAUCAUCAAAAUGCAGAUACUAUUUAGAGUCUUGGUGGCACAGUGGUCAAAAGGUUCCAGCCUCAGGAAAACCAGUAAAAUACAUCUCAUACAUACACAGCCUUUGCAGAAACCAUUUCCAAGAUUUGUCUCGUGGAUUUUUUGGAAGUGAAUGGUUCAUGCAAUAAUGUCAUUGUCAAUAAUGUAAUACCAUGUGAUUUUUAAUAUAUUGUUUUUAUUUAUUUUCAAUGAGAUGCCAUUUUCUCUAUUGUCAUUUGCUGCAAUCUAAAACAAUAUCUGUCUGCCAUUAACUUAAAGAAAAGUAAAAGUAACCAAUUCUUAUUUUUCUGUUUUUCACGUUUACUUUUUGCUAUUUGUUUAUUAAUAAAAGACACUAACAAUUA